UAUGCUGAGGAAGACGGACACUUCGGGAACGAAGAAAUACGCAAAAUACAGUAGAAUUAUGAAAAAGCAAACUUCCGGUCAAAAAAUGAAUGCCGAAGGGGAAAGACGGCCAAUGAAUACGAUUGACGGUCUCUGGAAUAGAAUUUGUAUGGCUAAAUCAAAAUGGCGUCUAAACGCUGCUAGAAAAGCGGCAGUUACAGAAUCUAUGGCCGCCGCUCGCCUUCAAGCAAGGUUAUUGCAGCAAGAGCGCAUUUUAAUGGGUUUGAGUUAG